CACAACCAUAGAUAUUUUCAAGAACAGGUAUAAAUUAUAGCACAAUGGCAUCGAGCAGUGAUGAUGAAGACACUACGAUGGCGGAGAUUGCAUCCAACAGUGACCGAGACCCUCCACUCGACUGCGACUCGCCGCUACAGGAAGUGGCUACUGCCAUUACGGAGUUCGUUGGAGACCUAGACACACACGCGCUGAACCUGGAAGAAGUGAAGAAAGAUAUAGGCAAGGAAAUACGCGCCUUGGAUCGCCCUUCUAUUGCGUUCAAACUCAUUGACCUGCAGACUCUCGUCCACCGCGUUCUCAUCAAAGUCCGCUCCUACACACGCACGUGUGAGGACGUGAAAGAAUUAGUAAGCAUAAACUUUGAAGAAGAGCUAGAAUCCCUCGAGGAAAUGCUGGAUUUCCUAAGUGAAACGAAAUCCUUUUCUUAUUCGAUGAAGGAAGAGCUAAGUGCCAUUACCAAGGCAAUAGAGGUAGCUACAACUGCAGUUAAGGAACAGAAAGAUGCUAAUGAAGCUGCUGCUAAAGUGUCAGGUGAUCCAGUGCCUCCUGCUCCUUCUGAAGCAACUUCAACGCAACUACCUCACACCUCACUGGAUGCUGACAAUAGUUCUCAGCCCCAGGCAUCACCUACUUACCAACAAACUUGCCAGGCGUCAUGUACUUACCAACAGACUCAGCAGUCAACUUUUCAACGUCUAAGCUCAAUGAUAUUUGGACACAACUCACCUGAGCAAGAACGACAACGUGCACAAAAGGCUAUAUUAGAUCAGUGUGCUAAGCGACUCAAGGAACUGGCUGUUGAAGUUGAGCGUAUAGAGACAGAAGUUGUUGAAAAGUAUUCUAGGAAUAUUAUUGCCAGUCUUGAGAAGUAUGAGAGUGUAACUGAUACUGAGGAACUUUCUGUGGGGAUUGGGGAGAUAAGAAAAGUGUGUGCACCAAGCAUGAGUGUAGCUAUAAUAGACUGUAAAAAUUAACUUUUUAUCGUGUGCAGUCUAUUGAUGAUAAUAAAUGUUGGACAAUUCUCAUAAUUAUAUCAAAAACUAUACUAUAUACACGGCAAGUUCCUUUCUUGCAAUGCACCUACGUACCGCUAUGCUUGAAGAAUGUGUGGCAAUCAACGACAAUGACAAAAGACUGCGUUCACACUACACACUUUUAUAGCAGUCCUGGAGAACAUUCUAGAAUGUUCUAUAUAGGGUCGGUGCUGCUGUUGCUAGAGAAACCACUACAUCUGUUCUGGUGUCGGUACAGCUGUGUUUACUUGUAGGUUGAGAGACCACUACAUCACUCCCCCCUCCAGUGAGUUCGGGGAAUGGCAUACGCUAACCGGUCCGGGAAAUGUACCCGUCUUCCAGAGCGUGUGACCCGUGUUGGUAAUUCUGGUGUUGUACCUGCGGGUUUGGACAAGAUUGAGGCUCUCCAGCAGCACAGCAACCAAGACAUCUACAAACUCUCUCUCACCAUCAUCGACAAAUUCUUCUCUGAGGAGGAAGAAGAGGACCAGUCAAUAGCACCGACAGUCAACUCCACUGGUGGAUUCCAGUUUGCACCUGCCGUGCAGAGUGUGCCUUCUGGAGGAUUCUCCUUCUGAGACUCCGCCCACCUCACUAAUGAGACUCCACCCACUCCACCACACAUGCACACAACAAACACUAAAACUGACUUGUACGUUUUUGUCUUGUAAUAAUUAACAUCGUAACAUUUUUAAAAACACCGUCAGACUAUAGCUAACUACAUGUACCAAUGUUAGGCCUGUCGACUUCCAUUUCACCACACUUCCAUUUUCUCAUAUUUU